AUGAACAGGUGGAAGUUUGAAGACUUUGAAAUCGGUGCAUCGUUGGGGCGAGGGAAGUUUGGAAAAGUGUACCUGGCCCGGGAGAAGAAGUCUGGUUUCAUUGUCGCACUAAAAAUAUUGCUAAAAACGGAAAUCACUGAAUGCAAUGCAACAAAGCAGGUCAGAAGAGAGAUCGAAAUACAGAGCCACAUGAAGCACGAUAAUAUACUAAGGCUGUACGGAUACUUCUACGAUGACCUGAGUGUGUACAUCAUAUUAGAGUAUGCAGCAAAGGGAGAGAUGUUCAAGUUGCUCCAAAAGAAGAAAAGGUUCACAGAGCAGGAGGCAGCCAAGUACAUAGCAGAAAUGGCGCACGCCCUAAAGUACAUUCACACGAAAAACGUGAUACACAGGGACAUUAAGCCCGAGAAUAUUCUAAUUGGAGCAGACAACAAGCUGAAAAUUGCAGACUUUGGGUGGGCAGUGCACAACAUAGACAGCAAAAGGUACACAUUCUGCGGCACAAUGGACUAUCUUCCACCAGAGAUGGUCUGCCACCAGAAGCACGAUAAGUAUGUGGAUAUAUGGGGCAUUGGUGUGCUUGCGUACGAGUUUGUGGUAGGAAACCCGCCAUUUGAGGCAAAGGGAAGUACAGACGAGACAUUCAAGAGGAUAAAAUCGAUUGAGUUUACGUUUCCAACCUACCUAUCAAAUGCGUGUAAAGACUUCAUUUCAAAAUUACUUGUACGAGAGCCUGCAGGAAGACUCUCGAUAGACCAGAUACUAUCUCAUAGAUGGAUAAAAACAAAUACCAGAGUAAGGAAGGAGUAG